AUGUCACGCUUACGUGAUAAGCUCUCACUAUUCGGACGCCACCGGCUUGCGCCAGCGCCGUCCAAGUCCGACAUCACGAUUUCACGGCCAACGUCCUCGAACUCCUCUCGACUAACUCCGACUCAGCCCGAGUCCGAUCCGAAACCUACCCAGCCGACUUCCAUUAUACCCAAUCUACCGGCUGUGCCGCGCGUCCCGGCUGACAUCGAAGAUAUAAGAAGACAGAUCUGGAACGAGGCCUAUGACAAAGUCAAGGACGACGAACCUGACACUGUCGACGCGUACGAGAAGAUUCUUUCCGCCCAGCUUGCUGCGGGAGACGCAGAUCCUUCGGCCGAUAGGAACCCCAUAAAUAUCAUCGCAGAGAAUGCAGAAGCCAGACAAGCUCAAAUGAAGACGCUGGUCGGACAAGGGCUAGACAAAACCGAGAAAGAGGCAAGGAUGAAGGAGAAAUUCAACGAAGGGCUUCAACCAGUCAACAAUGUCAAAGACUUUGUAUCAAUAGCUAUGAAGAGCGAGCCAACCGCUGCUAUCGCCUGGCUAGGUAUCACGACAUUGAUAGAUCUCGUUGCAAACCCACUCACUGAACCAGGCAUCAACCGCGACGGAGUCAGAUACGUCCUCGAACGAGUUGAAUGGUACUGGGAGUUGGCACAACUCUUGCUCGACCCGGGCAAGGUUGAUGGUUCCAUCAUCAGGUUACAAAGUCUCCUUAGGCGCAACGUCAUCAAACUCUACAAGAAGCUGCUGCUAUAUCAAAUGCAGAGUGUAUGCCUGUACAACAAACACUGGGCUGCCGUCAUCGUCAGGGAUCUCUUCAAAGGAGACGAUUGGCAGAACAAGGUCGACUCGAUUAAGAAAGCCGAGGCUUCCUUACGAGACGACGUGAAUCAGCACAACUCGGAAGAGCUCAAAUCUCGACUUCGGAGGAUCGACAACACGCUUGGCCGUUUACGCCUAGACGUUAAGGCAGUAGAAUCGGCCGUCCAAGUCCAGACCCAGGUGCUGCGCCAGAUCCAUCACGACGAGAACGACCAGAAAUGCCUCCAAGAUCUACGCAUUGUCGACCCCGAAGCCCAUAAGGAGAACAUCGAGAAGACAAAAGGCGGCCUGCUCAAGGAUUCGUACUACUGGAUUCUCGACCACGACGACUUUCGGCGAUUCCGGAAUGAUCCAGAGAGCCGAUUACUAUGGAUCAAAGGCGACCCGGGGAAGGGGAAGACGAUGCUUCUAUGCGGUAUCAUUGACCAUCUCAAGGAGGACAGGUCCCAGGUGUUGUCGUUUUACUUCUGCCAAGCCACACAGACCGAGCUCAGGAGUGCUGUAUCCGUGCUCCGUGGCCUUUUAUGGCUUCUCUGUCACAGGCAGCCGCAGCUGACUUCGUUGGUCCGAUCUAAGUACGACAGCCAAGGCAGGAAGGUCUUUGAAGACGGCCAUGCAUUCGAGUCUCUAAAAAGGAUCUUUCUCGACAUGCUCAAGGACCCUUGCUUGCGAGAGGCUGUCUUUGUUGUUGAUGCUCUAGAUGAGUGCUCAAACGAUAGCAGGAAAGAUCUCAUCGAUUUUAUUCUCAAGGCGUCCCAUGACCACCGCUCCAAAUGGGUCGUGUCUAGUCGCAACUGGCCGUUAAUUGAGGUACAGUUUCGAGGCUCCGAGAACGUUAGGGUACCGCUUGAGCUGAACAAGGAUUCUAUAUCUCAAGCCGUGAGGAUGUUUAUCGAAGACAAGGUUAAACAGCUGGCACAACAAAAGCCAUACACCCCAGAAUUAAAGGAUGAUGUGCGCAACAAGCUGCUAAGCAAGGCCAACGACACCUUUCUCUGGGUGGCCCUGGUGUGCAAAGAGUUGGCACGUCCCGAGGUCAAACCCCGGAAUACCAUUACCAAACUGAAGUCUAUACCCGGGGGACUUGACGAACUCUACCAGCGUAUGCUGAAACAAGUUUUCAGAUCGGAAGAUGGAGAUAUAUGCCGGAAAAUUCUUGCUACGGUCUGUAUCACAUACCGCUCCAUCUCAUUGGACGAACUGCGAACUCUUGUGGCAGACACCAAGGACUUCAGUGACAAGGAGUUGAAAGAGGUUAUUGGAGAGUGUGGCUCAUUUCUGACUCUUCAAGAGGACAUUGUCUAUUUCGUGCAUCAAUCGGCCCAGGAUUUCCUUACCGACAGUGCCAAGAGCGAUAUCUUCCCUUCCGGUAUCCAAGAUCAACACUACCUCAUAUUCCGGCGAUCGUUGGACGCUUUGAUGACACUCACUCGCAAUAUUUACAAUCUGGAAUUCUCAGGAGACCUUUGCACCGAGAUUUCGUGUCCGAAGCCUGACCCGUUAUCUCAUCUUCGCUAUUCCUGCCUGCACUGGGUGGACCACCUUGAAGUAAUCAAAGGAAAUAGGAAUCAAUCAGACGAUGAGGCCAUUUCCAGGUUCAUAGGCAAGAGGUUCCUGUAUUGGCUGGAGGCUCUCAGCCUACAAGGCCAAAUGCCGCAAGGAGUAAAAGCAGUACAGACGCUGAAGGGGAUCAUAACCAAUACAGCAGUUCCAGGCCUAGACAGUCUGGUGGAAGAUGCGCGACGAUAUGUGCUUUCUCAUGGAGGCGUGAUUGCGAUUGCUCCGUUACAAGCUUACGCAUCAGCACUCGUUUUCAGCCCUGAGUACAGCCGAAUUAGAGAACUGUUCAAGAAGGAGGAGCCGGAUUGGAUGGUAUUGAAGCCAAGAAUGGGGGCAGAUUGGAACGCUUGCCUGCAGACGCUCGAGGGCCAUGGCAAUUCGGUGACGUCGGUGGUGUUCUCGGCAGAUGGCCAGCGUCUUGCAUCUGGCUCACAUGAUAACACAGUCAAGAUCUGGGACGCGGCCACGGGCGCAUGCAAGCAGACGCUUGAGGGCCAUGACAGGUCGGUGAGGUCGGUGGUGUUCUCGGCAGAUGGCCAGCGUCUUGCAUCUGGCUCAUGUGAUAAGACAGUCAAGAUCUGGGACGCGGCCACGGGCGCAUGCGAGCAGACGCUUGACGUCGGGGGAACAUUAUAUCACCUUUCAUUUGAUCCAACGUCAAAUGCUCUCCUCUCUACCAAUAUUGGACUUCUAAAUCUGGAUCGCCCGGCUCUGCCGCCUGUCAUAAAUGAUCGGUCGACUGAGAUAACAUUACCGCGUGUUAGCCAUUCUGGAUGGGGUAUAAGCACGGAUGGCGAAUGGAUUGUUGAAGAUGGAAAGAAGAUGCUUUGGCUACCUCCGGACUAUCGAGGGGUGGAAACCGCUGUUGCUGGAUCAACUGUCGCUAUCGGCUGUCGAUCAGGUCGUGUGCUAGUGAUGAAGUUCUCUUAA